AUGAGGUAUGAUGGUCUUCUCUCUCUGUCCAGAAACACAUCCAGCAAAAUAAUCCCGUCAACUUAUAUCACCUCCACUUCAUUCGUCAUUGAUCCCUCUUACGCCGCCGACAGCAAACCCCUUGUCGGAAAAGGCUUUCCUUUAUCAUUCCGUCGUUUAUCCAGAACCCGCUCUGGAAUCUCCACACUUAUACGCUGCUUUCUAACUGUCAUAUCAAUCCCUGCUAUCAUUCCGACCUUCCGGUGGCUGACUUUGCCAUCCCAGCUCUCACUUACGCCGUCGCUCGGCCGGAAAGUGACGGGCACGUUGUUUGGAAACCGAAGAGGACGCGUCAGCUUUGCGGUGCAGUAUGACCCACGAUCCACGCCUGUACUAAUUAUUGAGCUGGCGGUAUCCACGGCGGUGCUCGUGAAAGAGAUGUCUUCAGGGCUGGUAAGGAUCGCUCUUGAAUGCGAAAAACAACAGUCGCGGUUGGGUGCGCGUGGCAGAGACGGCAAGCUGUUCAACGAACCCACAUGGACAAUGUAUUGUAACGGAAGGAAGUGUGGAUACGCGUCUUCAAGGGCGUGCUCAGAUUCCGAUUGGCACGUGUUGAGCUCGGUGCAGAGUGUCUCGGUGGGAGCUGGUGUGAUACCAAUGGUGGAAGACGGCAGAAAGAGAAACAGUGGCGGUGAGUCGGAGGGCGAGUUGCUGUACAUGAGAGCGAGGUUUGACCGAGUCGUUGGUAGUCGGGACUCGGAAGCUUAUUAUAUGAUGAACCCGGAUGGUAACGGAGGGCCUGAACUCAGUAUAUUUCUACUCAGGAUAUAAGUCAAAAUCCAGUAAUGUCAAAAGUCUUCCAAUUUAUAAUCUUUUUAUCAUAUAAAAGUCUUUGAAUUUGCAAUUUUUUUUAAAUAAAUUAGCAAGCUUGAUGGUAAAUUCGACUGUAUUAGAUUUUGGUGUGGAUUGUUUAAAUUUGAUGGCGUUUGAGUUUAUGUAAUUGAAUGGUUUGCCUG